AUGCAGCAAACAUCUGAUCCCUUUCAAGACCCAAUUAACCCAAUAGUAUUUUUUGAUAUUUCUGUUGGAGAUAGACUAAUUGGUAGGAUAAAAUUUGAGUUAUUUAGAGAGAUAUGUCCUAAAACAGUAGAAAAUUUUAGACAGAUGUGUACUGGUCAAUUUAUUUAUAAUGGAAAACCUACUGGGUAUAAAGGGAGUUGCUUUUAUAGAGUAAUAAAAAAUACUGUUAUUCAAGGAGGGGAUAUAGUCAAUGGAAAUGGUACUGGUAGUAUUUCAAUUUAUGGAGAAUAUUUUGAUGAUGAAAAUUUCGAUUUAAAACAUUCUGCACCAGGAUUAUUAGCAAUGGUUAAUUCAGGACCAAAUACUAAUGGAUGUCAAUUUAUGAUAACAUGUUCUUCAAUAAAAGAAUUUAAUAAUAAAUAUGUUAUCUUUGGACAAGUUAUAGAAGGAAUGAAAAUUGUUAGAAUGAUAGAAAAUGUUGCUGUAGAUGAAAAGUAUCAACCUAAAAUUCAGUGUGUCAUUUCUGAAUGUGGUCAAAUGUAA